AUGAGUGCUUGGUUAUUUAUCCUUGCUGUUAUUGUUAACUGUAUCAACUUGUUCGGCCAAGUGCACUUUACAAUUUUAUAUGCUGAUUUAGAAGCCGAUUAUAUCAACCCAAUUGAAUUAUGCUCUAAAGUCAACAAGCUUAUUACACCUGAAGCCGCAUUACAUGGUGCCCUAUCUUUGCUGUUCUUAUUGAACGGUUACUGGUUCGUAUUUUUAAUAAAUUUGCCAGUUUUAGCCUACAAUUUGAACAAGAUUUACAACAAGGUUCAACUUUUGGACGCUACAGAAAUAUUCAGAACUUUGGGUAAGCACAAGAGAGAAAGUUUCCUAAAGUUAGGGUUUCACUUAUUGAUGUUCUUUUUCUACUUAUACAGAAUGAUUAUGGCUUUGAUUGCUGAAAGUGGGGAUGACUUCUAA